AUGGGAUCACGCGACGAAACAUGCGCUUCUUUGCGCGCCCAGAUCACUGCGACAGAAGCACAGCUUGCUGGGCUGAAACGCGACCUCGCAAACGCCGAACAAGCGGCGCGAUCGGAGACCGCAACAACCGCAGAAAUCCGGCCUGAGGACCGGAAUGGCGAAGGAAGACGAUGGCCGAUGCUUCGGGAAGAAUACAAACGAUACGGACGACAAAUGAUUGUUUCACAAGUGGGUCUCAAAGGUAAGUUACGGCUUUGUUUUGGCGGAAAUUUGUGGUUACUCCCCUUGAGUAGUGUGACUGAUCGCGAUUUCAAUGAAUGCACAGGUCAACUGAAGCUCCGAUCGGCCAAGGUUUUGCUUGUUGGAGCUGGAGGACUGGGAUGUCCAGCUGCGCAAUAUCUUGCUGGUACUGGCGUUGGCACUAUUGGGCUCAUCGAUGGGGAUACAGUCGAGGUGUCGAAUCUCCAUCGCCAAGUGCUACACCGAACAAAAAAUGUUGGGAAGUACAAAGUGGACAGUGCAAUUGAGUCCUUGCGAGAGCUGAAUCCGCAUCCCACGUAUAUUGCCCAUCGAACACACCUCACGCCCGAGGCAGCACCCGCUGUCUUCCAGAACUAUGAUCUUAUUCUCGAUUGUACUGAUAACCCGGCGACGCGUUAUCUGAUCUCGGACACUGCAGUUCUUCUCGGAAAACCAUUGGUGUCUGCGUCCGCCUUGCGCACCGAGGGCCAGCUGAUGGUGUUGAACAACCCGCCCCGCGCACCGGGCGACAAGACUGGAGGGCCGUGCUAUCGGUGCGUUUUCCCGAAACCACCACCGGCUGAUAGCGUGGUCAGCUGUGCGGACGGGGGUAUUUUAGGUCCGGUUGUUGGGACGAUGGGCGUCUUGCAAGCCCUGGAGGCGAUCAAGGUUAUCACUGGACCUGAAAUUGAUGGAGGUUCAGACGUGACCACAGCUCGCCCACGGGAUCCCCCAUCUCUGCAUAUCUUCUCUGCCUACUCAUCGCCCCUAGUCCGCACAAUUCGUCUUCGUUCACGCCGGGCCAAUUGUGCUGUCUGCUCUGUUGAGGCAGCUGUUACACUGGAUACAAUCAAAUCAGGGUCAACGGACUAUGUGUUCUUUUGUGGGUCCGCAAACUUGCCCUCCCUACUUGGUCCCGAGGAACGUAUCUCUGCUCUAGAAUACAACCAAAGACGCUCAAUUGUCACUUCCGAUUCGUCGCAGCCCCACACGAUAAUUGACGUCCGAGACGAAGCUCAAUUUGGAAUAUGCAGCCUGGAAAAUAGCAUCAACAUUCCUAUCUCGAAGAUCCUUUCUUCGGGCUAUUCUGCUCGGUUACAGGGGGCCGAUAAUGAGCAACAAACUGCACAAGUACCUUCUUGGUUGCCAUCCGAGGUUGUCUCGUCGGAGUCUACGAACCCAAUCUACGUUGUCUGCCGUCUAGGGAACGACUCGCAGAUUGUCGUCAAGAAAAUGAAGGAGCUAGGACUAGAUCAGCAUGGGAAAAGAUUCAUUGGUGACAUUCGCGGAGGACUACGAUCAUGGAGAGAACAAGUGGAUUCCUCCUUUCCCGAAUACUAA